AUGUUCAUCAUCAUUCCUCCUCAAAAACAUGGCAAUGAAACAAUACUACUUAAUCCAGACUUGACUUCAAUUUUUUCCUAUUAUUUUGUGUCGACUGCGGAUGCGAAGAGGGGUAGUCGUGUUGGAGGGGCUGCGGCGUUAAAAAAGAAAUCCGACUUUGGAGGAAAAAAAAGGGAAAAACCUAAUUCGUUGAGACUAAAAUUAGGGAGUGGAUUAAUGAAAGGUGCUGCGAAGACAGGCCUAAAUAGGAUUACUCGUAAUGGUGAGAUGAAAUGUUCCGUUCAUACUUUGGCCUCGUUUUUGGACAUUUCUUUUACUUUUUUUUCUCCUCCUCAAAAAGGGACGCAAAAGUGGAUUUGGUCCUCUAUCCAGUAUUCGACUUCUAUGUCUGCCAAUUGCUCUGAUCUUGUAUUAAUCGAAAUUUGGCGAUAUCUUCUUACUUUUGUCAGUUUGAAAAUGUUUCUUUUAAAGAAAUUUGUUGCUUGUCAAUCCUAG